AUGCCUGGCUCGACAAAUUCUUCCACAAAUUCGGGAGCUUCCACUCCCGAACGACUCUCUUCUGGUAAUGAAAGUAGUCCACUUGGUACACCUUUAACAGAAAGAUCCUUAAUUUUUGAUGAAGAAGAUAUCAAUUUUGCAUUAAGAAAUGCGAUUAACGAUCAAUGGAUAUUGGUCGUCGGUGGUCUGGGGUUCAUUGGUAGUCACACAGUCUGGGAACUAGCCAAGGCCGGGUACAAUGUGGCCGUGGUCGACAAUCUCAGUAACUCAUUCUUCACUGUCUUUGAAAGACUCCAGUUGAUGGUCAACCAGCAUUAUAGUGUUCAAGGCAAAAAUGGACACAAACCGUCACUCAAAUUUCACGACGCGGACUUUAGAAACAUCAACAAGAUGACAAUGAUACUCAAGGAAUAUGACUAUUCUAGCGUAAUGAGAUUCGAUUCGAGUUCUGAUGACCUUUGCAAUAGUCAGCGAUCAAGAAUUUCAGGCGUGAUUCAUUUCGCUGCGUACAAGGCUGUGGAAGAGAGUAUAAAGCAGCCCCUGAAAUAUUAUUCAAACAAUGUUGGCGGCCUAGUCGAUUUCUGUGCUCUUCUGCAGGAAUUCGAAAUUAAGAAAAUGGUAUUCAGUUCUUCUGCAACUGUUUAUGGGACAGUUGCCGACAGUGGGGUACCACUCCGAGAAGAAUAUGUAGUGGGGUCAGGAUGCUCAGGUCUCACAAACCCCUACGGACGUACCAAAUGGAUGUGUGAAGCAAUCUUGAGUGAUCUUGCCAAUUCAGAUCCCGAUUGGGAGAUCACUGCACUGCGCUACUUCAACCCGAUCGGAUGCGAUGAAUCAGGCUUGUUGGGUGAAGACCCACGAGUUGCCGCCACGAAUUUGAUGCCAGUUGUUUUGCGGGUGCUCACUGGGGCAUUGCCUGCACUGAACGUGUAUGGUGAUGAUUACGACACUCACGAUGGCACGGCUGUGAGAGAUUAUAUCCACGUCACUGAUCUUGCAAGGGGUCACUUGGCAGCUCUCAGCAAUCGACCAAACGGGGGUUUCAAGGUCUAUAAUCUUGGUACUGGCCAGGGAUACUCUGUGCUCGAUGUGGUGAAUGCAAUGGAGCAGGCUACCCAGAAUAAGAUCCCCAUCAAUAUUGUUGGCAGAAGGAAAGGAGAUGUUGGAAAGUGCGUAGCACUAGCGAACAAAGCCGAGGAGGAGUUGAUGUGGAAGACGGAGAAAAGUCUGGCGGAUUGCUGUAAAGAUUUGUGGCGAUUCUUAGAGGGUACAGCAAUCACCAAAGGACAAGCAUGCUGA